AAAGAAACUUCACGCUCUGCUUCUUCAACUCUCUCUCUCUCUCUCUCUCUCUAGCGUACGUACUCCCAAAGAAACUUCACGCUCUGCUUCUUCAACUCUCUCUCUCUCUCUCUCUCUCUCUCUCUCUCUAUAGUAUGCUUGUGUGACUGUACAUAUAUAAGAUUUGGAAAAUUGUGAUCUCUCUUCCCUGGGUACUCGAUUUCAGUUGAUCUAGUUUUCUUGCAGAGAAAAGAAGAGUAAAAUCUCCAUCGGAAGCUGCAUAUCAGAAAAUUUAGACGAAAAAAAAUCAGCAGCAGGAAUAUUUGAGUUUUCGACAAGUGAGUGAUGGCUAGUACAAGUGCAUCAGAAUUGAUGUUGUCUUCUGGAACCUCAGAACAAAGCGGGGCACAUGGUGAAAAUUCAAACACACCACCUUCACAACAGAGCGGAAACUCCUCGCAAGGUCCUGUGGCUAUUCUUUGGGACAUUGAGAACUGUCGUGUCCCUCGUGAUGUACGCCCAGAAGACGUGGCUGGCAACAUCAGGAUGGCCGUACGGGUCCAUCCGAUUAUUAAGGGACCUGUUACCUUGUUCUCUGCCUAUGGGGAUUUUAAUGUCUUCUCUAGGAACCUGAGGGAGGGAUGCCAAAGAACUGGUGUCAAACUCAUAGAUGUACCAAAUGGGAGAAAAGAUGCCGCUGACAAGGCCAUAUUGAUUGAUAUGUUUCUUUUUGCCCUUGACAACCCUCCACCAUCUUCCAUCAUGCUGAUCUCUGGGGAUGUUGACUUUGCUCCGGCUCUACACAUACUAGGUCAACGCGGCUAUACGGUGAUUCUUGUCAUUCCUUCUGGGGUGGGUGUUUCAUCUGCCCUUCGUAAUGCAGGUAGGUUUGUGUGGAACUGGCCUAGCGUGGCCGGUGGCGGUGGGGAAGGCUUUGUACCACCCUCCAGGAAUCUAAUUCGACCGCGCGUAGGUCCUGCCAAGAUUGCGGGGCAUCUGAUGGGGUGCCACAUCAAUGACAACCCAAAUGGUAUGAACGAAGGGUUAGGGUUAUCAAACACUGAACCAAAAACCAUGUCAACUCCAAAGAAAAUCGUCCUGAAAUCCUCCGACGGUGAGACCUUCGAGGUUGAGGAGACCAUGGGCCUGAAAUCCCAAACCAUCAAGCACAUGAUCAAGGACAACUGCGCCGACAACACCAUCCCCCUCCCCAACGUCAACAGCAAGAUCCUCGCCAAGGUCAUCGAGUACUGCAGGAAGCACGUCGAGGCCUCUGGCUCCAGCAAUGCCAACGACCUCGGCAAGGACGCGGCCGACGACGAGGCUCUCAAGAAGUGGGACAAGGAGUUCGUCAACGUCGACCAGGGCGUGCUCUUCGAUCUCAUCUUGGCGGCAGAAUAUCUUAACAUCAAGAGCCUGCAAGAUUUGACAUGCCAGACUGUGGCGGACAUGAUCGAGGGAAUUACUCCAGAGGAAAUCCUUAACAACAUGAGCUAUUUCACUCCGGAGGAAGAAGAGGUUCGCAGGGAGAAUGCUUGGGCAUUUGAGUGAAAACAAAAAGGGAUGGGCAUUAUGUUAGUAUCAGAGGAUUUCCAUCUUUUUGAAAGCUGCUUCAUACACAUUUCGUUUAUGUUAGUAGAUAUAUGUGGCGUCUGGGAGAUAACAAAACUGUACCAUCUGUUUUCUUAUGAAGUUGAACUGUGUGUUAUCUUUCCA